AUGUCUCUCGUGCCGCCUGACCCUUCGCAGCAGUUCGCUCACAUCCUUCGUCUGCUCAACACUAACGUUGACGGCAAGCGGAAGAUCAUGUACGCCCUGACCGAGAUCAAGGGUGUGGGUCGCCGCUACUCGAACAUCGUCUGCAAGAAGGCUGAUGUCGACCUGAACAAGCGUGCUGGUGAGCUUAACUCGGAUGAGCUUGAGCGCAUUGUCAACAUCCUCCAGGCCCCGGCUGAGUUCAAGAUCCCCAACUGGUUCCUUAACCGGCAGAAGGACAUCACCACUGGUAAGGACUCGCAGGUGCUCUCCAACGGUGUUGAGGCUAAGCUUCGUGACGACAUUGAGCGCAUGAAGAAGAUGCGUAUCCACCGUGGUCUCCGUCACUACUGGAACCUGCGUGCCCGUGGUCAGCACACGCGUACGACUGGUCGCCGCGGUCGCACCGUUGCCAACAAGAAGAAGUAA